AUGUCUUCCCCCAACCAGCAUGUUGCUGAUAGCAGCAGUCAAACUCCCUCUGACAUGGCUCCAACAAACAACAAGAAGCGCAAGCUCUCUGCAAACAGCGCCGAACACACUGGUAUGGAUGCCAUACCAUCAUUCCUUGGCCAGCCCGAACUGCCAGAGUUCAAUCUGACAUCUGCCAGUCGCCCCAGCGAGGAUUCAGCGUCGCUCAAGCUUCAAAAUGUCGAAUCAAAGAUGUCGCAAGACUGGCAGACAGUAGAGCCCCGCCGCAAGAAAGCAAAAAAGAUCCCCAAGCAGCAAUCAGGAAACUACCCCGCCAUCGAGUUCUCCAAAGAUUCGAGACUCCAGUCGCAGAUCAAGAUCAGUGACCUACAGAAUUUGAUUCUCUACAUUCUCACAGAUGCACCUUCACCUUCUUUUGUAUCUGUGCGCCACAGACCCGAGAUUCGGAAGGUAAUUGUUAUUAUGGUCCCUGGCCUGGAGAAGGAGAUGUUUGCCAUAAAGCGAAAAGAUGGCAAGGGAAAUGAAGAGCAUCGCAAUAAGAACUACAACUCACCCGAUGAAUACUAUCCAGUUAACCUUGUUGAGGAAGAGUUGCCUGAGUCGUUAAAGCCGUUUGCAGAUAUGUUCAAGCACCUUUGGCCAGUCAAGACACCAGGAGACGAUAAGUUCAGCAAGAUGCACUCACCACUACACGCGAUUCUCACAGCACCAUUGCCCAAGACGAAAGAAGAUAAGCAAUGGUCCAAAAAUAAGAAGGGAGCCAAGCCUGUAAAAGAGCCCCAUGGGUGGAAGAAUAAUCGUACUCCAAUCUCGGAAUUUGUCCAUUCCCCCGAGGAGCUUCUUGAGAAUGAAUACGUCCUUCAUCCUGCCUCGUAUAGCGACGAAGUUGAGAAGAAUGGGUUGAUGGAUAAUCGGCGUUCUGCUGGGGUCUCGCAAGAGCAUGGAUGGGUUGAUUCUUCAGUCAAAACGCUUGAUCAGGGUACACCACCGGAUAAAGAAAUCGAAACUGGUAGUAUAACAGCUGGCCGAGAGGUUCUUGCGAUGGACUGCGAGAUGUGUAUGACAGGGGAGAAUGAAUUCUCACUUACACGAAUUAGUAUUGUGACCUGGGAUGGUAGUGUUAUUCUGGAUGAGCUUGUCAAGCCAGAAAGGCCCAUCAUAAACUACCUAACACAGUAUUCUGGCAUCACGGAACAGAUGAUAGCCCCUAUUACGACAACUUUACAGGAUAUUCAGAAAAAGCUUCUCAGCAUUCUUCACCCACGGGCUGUUCUCAUCGGCCACUCCCUGAAUUCCGACCUCAACGCCCUCAAGAUCACUCACCCCUUCAUUAUUGAUACAUCUAUUAUAUUCCCUCAUCCCAGAGGUCCACCGCUGAAGUCAUCCCUAAAAUGGCUUGCACAACGCUAUCUGAAUCGAGAAAUUCAGAAAGGCCAUGGUACAACUGGUCCGGGAGCUGGCCAUGACUCUAUCGAAGAUGCGAGGACAUGUCUUGAUCUGGUGAAGCAGAAAUGUGAGAAAGGCAAGGAAUGGGGUAUGGCCGAUGCAGCCGGAGAGAACUUGUUUAAGCGUAUUGCUAGAAUGGGCGUACGGUACAAGAACCAAGGUGGCUCAGCCAUUCCAAGUCCACUCACAGGCAAGUCGAGCGCGAUGAUAGACUGGGGCGAGCCAAAGAAAGGACCCGGAGCAGCUUCAUCGUUUCCAAUUGGAUGCCACAGCGAUGAGGAGGUCAUGAAAGGUGUCAUCCGAGCUGUGAAGGGUGAUGUCGACGGAAAGGAAAUCCCCGGUGGCGGUGUUGAUUUUGUGUGGGCGCGAUUUAGAGAGUUAGAGGCAUUGAAAGGAUGGUGGAAUAAGAACAAGCAAACGACUCCUGAGAGCACGACGAAUGAUACCCCCACAACGGACGUUUCGACAGAAGGUAUUGCGUUGACUGAUCGACCGAAGACAAGUACUGCCAUGGCCGACACUCCUACCGAUAUCAACCCCUCCGAGCCUCCAGCCGCUUCUUCCCUCCCCCCCCCUCCCCCAGACAAAAGCACACCCAUCGAUGUCGCAGCAGCGGCCCUCACUAACCGUCUCCACCAAAUCUACCAAGCACUACCCCCAUGCACCGCACUCAUCAUCUACAGCGGCUCCGGCGACCCCCGCGAAAUGAGCAGACUGCAAGCCAUGCAGACGCAGUUCAAAAAGGAGUACAAGAUCAGGAAAUGGGAUGAGUUGAGUGUGAAGUGGACGGAUACCGAGGAGCAGGCUUUGAAGAGAGCGGCGAGGGCGGCGAGGGAUGGAUUGGCGUUUAUUGGCGUCAAGUGA